AAUUUUACCAAACGUCUUUAAUAUCCAUAGAUGCCUCUUAUUGACUUGCCUGCAUUUGAAAGUUGUCUCUACUCCUUAGCUACCUCAAUUAUAAGAAAGAGUUAGGUUUGUUAGCCGGUGUCCACAUUUUGUAUUUUCUUUUCCUGUCAAGCACGCAGCUAGUGGCAUGAGUUCCUGAACAUCAUCUGACGAAGUUUGUAAGUAUGGUUAAUUUUAUAGUUUUGGUCCUAUUGCUAGAGUACCUUUUUAAUUUAUUUUUGAAAUUUAUAUUGUACAUGAAAAACCAUAGUUGGUGAAGCUCGGUUCGAGAAGACAGGCGGUGCUUUUUUGUCUGUCCGUGUGAGACACAUGGUAUGAAGUGAUAUAUUUAAUAGGCUAAUAUGGAAAUAGUUACAUCUACAAGCGCCAUUGUCCCUGAAGUUCUCAAGGAAGAUAAUUAUGAAAGAUGGAGCAUUUUAAUGGAACACUAUUUAGUGGCUCAAGAUCUUUGGGAUGUUGUUCAAUCAAGUGAGAUACCUGGAGGAGGAAAAGAAAGGGAGUGGAUGAAAAAUAAUGCUUUAGCUCUACAUGCCAUUGGGAUUUCUUGUGGAAGAGAAGCAUUUGAUCAAAUAAAGAAUAUACGCUCCGCCAAAGAUGCUUGGGAUGAGUUGGCUGCUAAGCUGAAGCCCCCACCAAUUGUCCAAGGUGUUACUCAUGGUAUUUCUGAGCUUCACCAAGAAAAGCAAACAGAGCAUCAAGAGACCUUGCAGAAGUGUAUAUACAAUAAGCCCAUUUCCAGCGUAAGGCGGUUCUUCCGUGACAAUCCGGGUGCAAAAUCUCCACAAAUGUUACACUGUGCUCUUCAGCAUGCAAUUACUCAUGACCGCAAGGACAUGGCACGCUACCUCUAUAAGGAGAUUCCUCUUGAAUUCCUAGAGGAAGACGACCGUGGCUUCUUCCUCCUCGAGGAGUGUAUAACUAAGAAGAUGUUUGAAAUUGCAUUGGAUCUACUCAACAAUUUUCCAGAGUUGGCAUUUAAACACCCUUUAAAUUCCACUUCAAUCAUUUUGACACUUGCUCAAACACCACCCGAAUCCUUAAGUGAGCUCGGACUUUGGGGACAAUGGAUAUAUAAAUCUACCCGAGUGAAGGUCUUCCCCAUCAAACCAAGAAGUGCUGCUCCAGCUGGCAUCGUUCAGGAUAAGCUAAGGAAAUGGAUAUUUCCGGUACUAUACAAAUUUCAUCUGGUAAGCGUGGUGAUUGGACUUCUAUGUUGGCUACCUUGUUGGUUACCUGUCAGAAUGGAGGGAUUAGGCAUGCUGGUUGAGUUGUUCUUAUUAUUCAUUGUUCCGCUACUCAAACUAGAUCUACUAUACGUAUUGAUUGGAGUUCCUUUAUUGACACUUGUGCCAUCAGACAAGCCAGGUCUAUUUUGGACUCUGUUAGCAGCGUUUAUAUUUUUACUUGGUAAGCAAUAUCGUCCACUCCACUAGCUCUACUCUUUCCUUUGUUUUGUCUUAUAUUUUAAUGGGAAAAGGAAAAAGUGAGAAGUUUUGUUAUUAAAAAUAACAAAAUUUU